AUGUGUAUGUUUGACAUCAUAACCUGCUCAGCCAAGGAUGCACACUGGAUGAAGCUCGAUAUGAUCCACCUAUGUGCGCGAGCACGGUCGACUUUCGUUCCCUGCGACAUCUACUCAGCGGCAGAAGUGCACCUUCAGAAAUUUGCACAUUGGAUGUAUCCUGAACCUUGCCGUAAAUGCCAUCCCAAUAUAGAGCAAGAUGUAAAAGAAGCAAUGUCUACUCCUAUCGGGACAAUGUCCAGUGAACAAGAGAUCAUUUCUCAAUCUCAGACGACGACCAACAAUCUUCGACAUGAUACACAGAGAAACUUUCAUUUCGAAAAUAGUCAUGCUUCCGACAAACCGUGUGAUAGGAGAGGUGACCGCGAUGGUACGGAUGACGGUAACGGAUGCUAG